ACAUAUACAUAUACGCAACAAAAAAAAAACACAAGAAACGUGAAAAAUAAAAAUUGUUAAAUUAACAAAACAUAUAAAUUUUUUGAAAAAGAAGUGCGCAAACAAGCGUUCGAAGUGCUACACACAAGUGAACAUAUUCACAAAAGUGCAAACAAUUUGAAAAAAAAACGUAAUUUUGUUGCGCAAAAUUUCAAAAAUUUAUAUACACAACAACAACUAAAAGAAGAAGCAAAGCGCAAUCAGCAGCCAUCAACCAACCAAACCAUCAGCCAACAUUGGAGCGACAUCACCAGCAUCAACAUAAGCGGUAACAACAACACCAGCACAAGAAGACCCCGGCGCAAAAAGGACUUACACACAUUCAUAUACAUAAAUCAAGGAAAGUAAUCGAAGACAUCAUGGCAGCACGGAAGGCGUGCCCCCUGGCUCCAACGGCAGAGACAGACAACUGCCUACAAUGCCGGCUCUGCCACCGUUACCACGCAUUGCGGACGUGCCCGGCCUUCAAGGCGAUGAAGCCGCCGCAACGGUUGGGAGUAGCCCGCGCGCAAGGCUACUGCGUCAACUGCCUUGCGCUCACCCACACUACCGGGGAAUGCGACUCGCCGGGUAGUUGCAAGACCUGUGGCUUAGCGCACCAUACGCUGCUGCAUGUGGCAGCUAACAGGCCCGCGCGCACAGGCCAACGAAACCAGCAGCCCAACCGGGCCAAAUCGACAUCAUGCAAGCCCAUCAAGCGGAGGGCACCGCCGAAGAAAGGUGGGCAGAAGAAGGCGCAGAAGAACCCGCGCAACCAGGCGCCGCAACCGCCGCGCAAGAAGACCGCCCACCGGACGAUCGCGCGCACUCCCCAAGGCCUACAAACGGCCAAUUUCCAGGGCCGCACCACCCACCGCGUCAUUGGCAACACGAUCCGCGCCCUGAAAGAGCUGCAGGAGACGCUCAGCAACGCAUUCCUGCAGGGCGGGGACGAUGUCUAAGCCGCCGCUUAAGCCGAGUUCAGCGGCCGU